GUGGAUAACAUAUAUAGCGUGUACGUACAUUUCGGAUUCAUACGAACGAAUACUGUUUAAGUAUUAGAUUGCCUUUAUCAUAAUAUAUGUAGGUCUAGUUAGCUAUUAAUAAUAAGGCUCUGCUGAAGAUGCCGUUUAAAAAAUGUGCUCGUCCGCCGUUAGCGUCAUCAAACAUGCAAAGACCUCGACAGGAUCAUGUCAAGUUAUCAGACGACAGCAGAGAAAGUUCCUCUUCACCUCACCCAGAACUUUCUAGAAAGAAGUCCGACCGGACCGGCAGCUACAUUUACGCAGGUUUUGGCAAAAAGCCAGACUUCCUGGUCCACCUGGAGAAGUAUGUCAGCACCGAGCUGCAGAACCUGGACACCAGCCAGGAGGGAUCUCCAGAGCUCAGACUUCAGGUUUACCGGGACGUCUUUGGUUUCCUCAUGAAGGAGUUUCGAACCUACCGGCCUCUUCUGUCUGCCAUCAAGAAGGAAUAUGAGGACACCAUCACUCUUCAGCAGGAGGAACUUCAGCGUCUGCAUCAGCUGACAUCGCGACUGCAACAUGAGACAGAGAACCAUGAGCAACAGGUUGAAGCUCGCUGCGCCGACACGGAGACGCAGAUCCAAAGUUUGAGGAUGGAGAGGCAGCAGCUGCGGGUGCAGCUGACCUCCAUGAGGGAGAGAGAAGAAAGCCUGCAGGCAGUGGUGGAACGACUCCAGUCAGACUUGUCGAGUCAGUACCUGAGGUACCGCGAGGAACGUGAUGCUCGCCAGAUGCUGAUCCAACAGCUGAACCACCUGACGGCCCCGCCUGUGCGAGUGGAACCUCCUGCUGACGACAGCGCAGAGGAACCAGGAGACCCGGCAGUGCUGCAGCUGGCACUCAGAGUUUGCCGCAAUGACCUGAGUGAAGCUCAGAAGGAGCUCAAGAGAAUCAAAGCCGAGCGCAGAAGCAGUGACUCUGUGCAACAAUAGCUGUUCAUGCGCCAACAGAUCAAUCAUCCAGGGAGUGCCAGCUGACCUUUGACCCUCUUUCUCAUGAUCCUUUUUCCUUUAGUGAUUGUUUUACUUUCUGCCGUAUUAUUUUGUGGCUGCUGAUUAACUUUCUUUCAGACGAUAGCCGAUAGUUUUGUAACUUGAUCUCCCGAUUAACCCCAUGAUCGGUUUGUUAUGUGUGAACGGAAUUAUCUUUCAAUAAUAAAA